AUGACGAGCAGGCCAAAGCUGAUAAGGACAGAAAAGAAGUGAGUUGUCGAUCUGGGCCUUCUGAAGGGAGAGGAUGAGCUUGGGGAGUUUUCCACUGAAGAUUGAGAUGGCUUAGAUGAAGUUGAAGACGCACACAUACGGGAAGAUAAUUAGAAUGAUGAUAAUAUGGAAGAGAAUUCCUCAAAUCACUUAAAAAAGAAGUUUUCUAAGAAAAGCAACUUGGAAAAUCCUUAUCUGAUGUGGUUCACAGCUUUUGCUAAUAUACGGUUUAGGCUGACUGGUCCAAAGGGUCCAGUUGAAGUAUGUGCUAAAGGAGGACGGGAUCCCAAUAUUGUUUAA